GGUCAAAAUUUCCUUCAAAGUUAGCUGCUCGUAUAAGGAAAGCAUUUUGAAAUGGAGUUAUAAAUAACAGAUUUUGAAUCAUGCAUCUCACGAACUGGGUUUCUUUUUUCUUUCUUGUUUUUGCAGUCUUGCUCUUCUACAGCUACCCAAUCAUCCCCUUUUCUUAUUCUUCUUCUUCUUCCAAGAAUAUGGCUCAAGAAACACCCAACUCUAUCUAUGAUUUUACUGUCAAGGAUAUCCGCGGAAAUGAUGUGAGUCUGAGUGAAUACAGUGGGAAGGUUCUGCUGAUUGUUAAUGUUGCUUCCAAAUGUGGCUUGACGCAAUCAAACUACAAGGAAUUGAACGUUUUGUAUGAAAAGUACAAAAGCCAAGGUUUUGAAAUCUUGGCGUUUCCUUGCAACCAGUUUGCUGGACAAGAACCAGGAAGCAAUGAGGAGAUUCAAGAAGUUGUAUGCACAAUGUUCAAAGCUGAAUUCCCAAUCUUUGACAAGAUUGAUGUAAAUGGGAAGAACACAGCACCUCUCUACAAUUAUCUAAAAUCAGAGAAAGGUGGAUAUUUUGGAGAUGCUAUCAAGUGGAAUUUCACAAAAUUUUUAGUGAACAAGGAAGGAAAGGUUGUGGAGCGAUAUGCUCCAACUACAUCACCCCUUAAAAUUGAGAAAGACAUACAGAAUCUGUUGGGAUCUUCUUAAGGACCAAGAUUGAUAUCCUUCAUGUUUGAAAAUAGCUAUGUAUUUCAGUGUGUAAUCUAAAUGUUUGGUGGAUUUAAAUCACAAGUUUUUAUGAACAUGUUGCCUGAGUUAUCAGCAAGUAGAUCUUUAAAUUUUAUGAUCAAUAAGAUAAGUUGCAUCCUUUAGAUGAUUGUCUGGAUAAAUCUGUAUGCGUUUUGGGAGCUAUGGAAUUGUAUCUUCAAAGUUAGAACUA